GAGAGAGAGAAAGAAAGAGGGCGGAGAGGAGAGUGGAAAGAGAAAGAAAAAGAAAAGAGAUGGACAGUCGUGAGGGAAACAAGUGUGUGACAGAUGAAUAGAAAGUUUAAGUGAACCAAAAAGAGACGUCGAAUUGUGCUUAGAUCCGAGCAGUAGGCGAUAAACAGAAGCGCGUCAACAACAGGUCAGUGGACUCACCGGGGGGAUUAUGUCCAAGCCUUCGUCCAACGUUAAGGCCCUUCAGGCUAAUUUGAACAUCCCGAUGGGAGCUCUGCGUCCAGGGGCGGGACAUCCUGUCAAGAGGAGAGAGGAGACAGUAGAAACAGAAGAGGCUCAGUCACCGGUUCAGCCGUGUGCUGCAGCCCAGACGCCGGAGGAGAAGAAGGCGUUGCCGGGCGCGGUGAAGCUGCCCGGCCCUGCUGUCAACCUAUCAGAGCUGCAGAACGUCAAGAGCGAACUACGAUGGGUCACCAAGGAUUAACAUGAUCCCGAGCCAGACGGAGAGGAAGGCAGAUAAUCUUCACACACACAGACUCGCCCACUGCCACCGACAACUCGCACAAACAACAGUCCAGUCCCGAAACGUUCGGAGACAUUAACCGCUUUCUGUGAAGCCAACGUCCAACCACCAGGAAACACAGGCGACCAUAAACUCUCUCUCAGUCAGAACUCUAAUAGAAACACUGGUCAGGUCUAUAUUUAUCUUGCCAUGUCAGUCAAGAUUGAUCUCUCUUUAAAUCCAAAUCAUAAUUUGUACAAAAAAAAAAGUUAAACACUGUUGAGAUUAAGUGUUCUGACUUGUUCCUGCUGCAGAUAAAACUCCACUUUACUUGGACUUUUAGAAGUAAACGAGUUGUAUUUUUCUUUUGCUUUCUUUUAUUUUAAGUCUGAAAUCGCUGGUUCAGAGGGAUUUUUUUUUUUUUUCGCUGACGACUC